CCUUUUCUUUAUUCAUUCAGGGUGGGCUUUUUCUUUGUUUCCUUGCUGUCUUUUCUUUAACAACUGUAACAUAUUAUCGAAAGAAUUUGCCUUUCAUUUAUACUUCAGUUUUCCAUUGUUGGGUUUUGCUUUAUUAACUCAAGGUGGGCACAGAUCAUUGCCUAUCGUUUUUUGAAAUCUAUGGAGCAGCUUGUCAACUUUAUAAUACGGCCUCCCAGAGCUGAAUACAAUCCAGAAUUUGAUCUGUUGGAAGAAGAGAGAGUUCUGUUGAAAGGAAAAUGUUACCAGAGAAAGGAUAUAGAGGUUAAAAACAAUAGGGGAGAUGUUCUACAGUGUAGUCACUUCGUGCCCUUGGUCAGUCCCGAAGGAAAUCCUUUUCCCUGUGUGAUAUACUGCCAUGGAAACAGGGCUGAUGCUAGUGAAGCGGCUAUGAUCUUGUUGCCUUCAAAUAUUACAGUUUUCACUCUUGACUUUUCAGGAUCUGGGUUUUCCGGAGGAGAGUAUGUCACCUUGUUGGUAUGA